AUAAUGCAAUACAAAUUUCUGUUUUUUAUUUGUGUGUAUAUUAUAUACAUAAGUACCAUAAUACAUGCCGCCGACAAACAAUACUUCCCAAAUCUUCCAGUGGGCGAAUAUAAAUUGAAAUUCAAAGCGGCAUACGUGUGCAAUGCGAGUGCGGAUUACAAAAUCGGGUUCUAUCUUCAUUUAACCAAAGUGUCACCUACAAAAACAAUGUUGGUGGGAAAUAUCACUGGAAGAAUCGUGUUCGACGACUCCUUAACGUUACAUGUGAAUAUGGCGGUAAUGGAUAAAAUCGGAGGAUGGAAAGACAACGCAUAUAUUUUUAGUAAGGAUAAAGCUUGUUCUACGCUGAAGUACUUUUUGGGAAAACAGUGGCCUGUGCUCAUGGACAGUUUAAACAUGAACGACCAUAAUUGUCCAAUAAAAAUAAGAACGGAUCCAAUGAAAGGGUUUGAUUUAACUCUCAUCGAAGACAGUAAUUUUCCUAAACAAUUUUUUUACGGUACUUAUAAAUUUAAAUUGUCAUACGUUGAUGUGAAAAAUCAACUGGUCGGUUGUGUGGUUUUCGUUGUGGAAAUAAUAAGACCGUGGGAGGUCCAAUAUCGUUUCCAAUAA